AUGAGCGCCCCCCUUGCGACGAAGCAGCAGUCGCAGAAGAUCUUCGAGAAGUUGAAGACGAAGCAGGCGAACAAGAUCUGCUUCGACUGCGGACAGAACAAUCCUACGUGGACCUCUGUGCCCUUCGGUAUCUACCUCUGCCUGGACUGCUCCUCCAACCACCGAAACCUAGGUGUCCACAUCUCGUUUGUGCGAUCAACGAACCUCGACCAGUGGCAAUGGGACCAGCUUCGAGUGAUGAAGGUUGGCGGCAAUGAGUCGGCCACCAAGUUCUUCCAGCAGAACGGCGGCUCUGCUGCCCUCAACAGCAAGGACUCCAAGACCAAGUACCAGUCCAACGCUGCUACUAAGUACAAGGAUGAGCUUAAGCGACGCGCUGCCCGGGAUGCCCAGGAAUUCCCCGGCGAGGUUGUCAUUGAUGGCGCCGACGACGGCGCCGCAACCCCCGCUGGCGAGCCCGACGACGAUUUCUUCUCUUCGUGGGACAAGCCCUCCAUCAAGAAGCCUACCCCUCCUGUCUCCCGAACCGGUACCCCGCCCGUCGUCGGCCGUACGCCCUCUCCCUUCUUGAACGCAGGAAAUGGCAAGGAUAUCGCGCGCACUUCGUCUCCCCUUGCUAGAACCGCCUCUGGCGAGACCAAGCCCGCAAGCCGCAUUACAACCUCCGCUGCCCUGCGCAAGACCGCUACUGGCCCCCGCAAAGCCAACGUUCUCGGUGCAAAGAAGACAACCAAGUUGGGCGUCAAGAAAGUUACCGGCGAUUUAAUCGAUUUCGACGAGGCUGAGAGAAAGGCCAAGGAAGAGGCGGACCGCAUCGCAAAGCUCGGCUAUGACCCUGAGGCUGAGGAAGCAAAGACCACCUCUGGGUCGGCGGCCACCAUUAUCUCGCCCACUCCUGUGAACCCCAGCUCAAGCAACCUGUCCUCACACACUCGCCAAAAGUCUGACGCGGAAGUGGAGCGAUUAGGCAUGGGUAUGGGCCGGCUGGGCUUCGGACAAAUUGGUGGCAACAAGGCGGCCGCCGCACCCAAGAAGAACGCCGGUGGAUUCGGCUCUGUUGGACCUGUCAAGGCUGCUGCUGAAGAUGACUCGCAGACCUACGCCCGAAGCAAGUUCGGUGCCCAGAAGGGUAUCUCUUCCGACGAGUUCUUCGGCAAGGGCUCCUUCGAUCCCAGCGCCCAAGCCGAGGCCAAGACCCGGCUUCAAGGAUUCGAGGGUGCCUCUGCCAUCUCGUCCAAUGCCUACUUUGGUCAUCCAGAGGAUGAGCCCGAAGAUGACUACGGUGAUCUCGAGUCCGCCGCCAAGGACUUUGUGCGCAAGUUUGGCAUCACGGCCGCGGAUGAUCUCGACAACCUGUCCAACCUGUUGGGCGAGAGUGCCGGCCGACUCCAGGGCGCCAUCCGGGAUUAUCUCGGAAACUGA